UCCUUCUUUAGAAAUAUUUUACCUCAUUGGAAAUAUCUCAUUUCCGAGCAUUUGACUCGUGACAAAGCCUGGAAUCACCACAAGGCGAAAAAAAAAUACCACUUGGGCGGAGACACGCUGCAAAGCCACUCCGCCACCGCUCGCCCAUCGCUGUCUGACGUUCCAACAUCACCAUCCGCCGGAGUUCCAUCACUUACGAUCGGUGUCCACUUCCGAACAACUCUCUUCCACCCUAUCUAACAGGUUGUGGCAGUGAUGGUGGAAUUAUGGUGGUCUUUACUGGGGGCUGCUAUACCAGCUGCACUGGCGGGUCAAGCGUGGAGGAUGAAGAAGAGACGGGACGAUGAACAGAGGAUAAAGAGAGCCAGAGGGCGGGAGAAAAGCUCAGAUGAAAUAUUUGUCUGUGAGAGGGUUUGUACGUCAAAAAGGAUGCUGAAGAAAGUUGGUGCAUUUUCGAAGGACCCAACCCCUGAUACAUGUGUUACCGUUUGUGGUGUUUCGGAGCUUGAUGCCUGUGCUGACGCAUGUGCGCGGACUGUCUGUGUUAAUCAGCAUCAAGUCCCUAAUUGGAAUGAUGUUUGUCUGAAGAGGUGUCAAAAUGAGUGCCUUAGGCUCUCCAAUUCCUCUUCCCUCUCUUGAUACACCAUUUCAAUUACUUCUCUCUGCAUUUCUUUGAUGAUUAUUGUAUCUUCUAGUCCAACUGAAAGAUGCUUGCUGUUUCUGUUGAAUUUGUGGAUUGUGGAUUUUGUAUUUGCGUUCUCCAUUAUGGUACCUAGAGUUUUCUUUUUUGAGGUAAAUACUUCGACACAUUUCAUGAUCACUUCUAAAUGAAGUUGUGUGGCUAAUAGUCUACAAUGUUCAGUGAAGAUACUGUACAAGUAUUUAAUAAUGAUCUCGUUAACUUUUCAUAGUAAUUAUACUAUGAUAGUAGGCAAC